AUGGCGAGCAUCCAAGCGCAAAUAUCUGCCGAACUCCUCAACAGCAAAUCCCUCCCCGUCUCUCCAUCCUGGCUGAAUAACUUCAUCUCCUCAUCUGCAUCUCAACGCAAUGUCCCGCUCUCCGCUAUAGUUCGGACCGCUCUAUUUCGUAUUCUUGCCUCAGAUUUCAGAGAAUCGCUAUCAACAAGGACACCGUCGUCCCUACUCCCUGUUGACAUAUUCGAUACUUCCGUUCAAGAAAGGCGUAUACAAGGCCCAAUCCCCUUGCAAAUAGUGGAUAUAGAAGACAUCGGAACAAGCUUAUGGAGCCAAGUUGAAGCGAUUGAGCGCAUUGAACGCGGCGAGGCUAUUCGGGGGCGCGAGAUCGUGCGGACAGUCAACGUGGACGAAGACAGUGAGGAGCGCGCAGCACGUACUGGUAAUAUCAGGGCUGCAAAUUCAGCGGCAAGCGGGGCCGGAAGCAAUAGCAACGGCCCCCAUCGAUUGAUACUACAGGAUGCGGCAGGGACUCGAGCCGUAGCUAUCGAGCUGAAACGCGUCGAAGGCAUUGGGCUGGGUAAGAUACCCAUUGGGGCGAAACUCCUCCUGCGUGAUGCGACAGUCGCCCGGGGUAUGAUUCUACUGACGCCUGAAUCUGUAUCCCUGCUUGGGGGCAAAAUUGAGACCUUGGACCAAGCCUGGAAAGAGGGAAGAAAGGCCAAGUUAACGGCUCGGAUUACAGAGAUGGAAAGGUCGCAGGCGUUGUGA